UCAUUAUACACUUCUCUCUCCCUCCACUCGCAAGAAGCCAUCGCAACCUGCUUCUUGAUUUCCGAAGGAGCUUCUGUUUCUCCUUCUUCUCCUUCUCUCUCUUUCUCUCGCAUCGUCUUCAAUUCAAUUCAGAUCCAGCAGAUCUUCCACAAACCACAAAAUGUACGGAUUCGAAGCUAUGACCUUCAACAUCCACGGCGGUUACCUGGAGGCCAUAGUUCGCGGCCACCGCGCCGGACUCCUCACUACCGCAGACUACAACAACCUCUGCCAAUGCGAAUCCCUUGACGACAUCAAGAUGCACCUCUCCGCCACCGAGUACGGCCCUUACCUCCAAAACGAGCCUUCUCCAUUGCAUACAACUACCAUCGUGGAGAAAUGCACUCUUAAGCUGGUUGAUGAUUACAAGCACAUGCUGUGCCAAGCCACCGAACCCUUGUCAACCUUUUUAGAAUACAUCACAUAUGGUCACAUGAUUGAUAAUGUUGUUUUGAUUGUUACUGGCACCUUGCAUGAGAGAGAUGUUCAAGAACUACUAGAAAAGUGCCAUCCGCUUGGCAUGUUUGAUAGCAUUGCUACGCUGGCAGUUGCUCAGAAUAUGCGGGAGCUUUACAGGCUGGUUCUUGUUGAUACUCCACUUGCUCCAUACUUCUCUGAGUGCAUUACAUCUGAGGACUUGGAUGAUAUGAACAUUGAAAUAAUGAGGAACACUCUUUACAAGGCCUACCUUGAAGACUUUUACAGAUUUUGUGAGAAAUUGGGUGGUGCUACUGCUGAGAUCAUGUCUGACCUUCUAGCUUUUGAGGCUGAUAGAAGAGCUGUGAAUAUUACCAUAAAUAGCAUUGGUACUGAGCUCACCAGAGAUGAUCGCAGAAAAUUGUACUCUAAUUUUGGUUUACUUUACCCAUAUGGUCAUGAGGAACUUGCUGUUUGUGAGGACAUUGAUCAGGUUCGAGCUGUUAUGGAGAAGUAUCCCCCCUAUCAGUCUAUUUUUGCCAAGUUAUCCUAUGGAGAGAGCCAGAUGCUUGACAAGGCAUUUUAUGAGGAAGAGGUGAAGAGGCUUUGCUUAGCAUUUGAGCAACAGUUUCAUUAUGCCGUAUUCUUCGCAUACAUGAGGUUAAGGGAACAAGAGAUCAGGAACCUAAUGUGGAUUUCUGAGUGUGUGGCUCAGAAUCAGAAGUCCAGAGUUCAUGACAGUGUUGUCUUUAUAUUUUAGUUGAAUUGCUCAGUACAAAUUGUAUGUUUAUUUGAACAAUUGUUUGUACACUUUCUGCAUUUUAUAUCUAAGUUGCCAUUGGUAGUAAGUCGCUGUUUAGAAGAUUGUGAUAAAAAUAAAAGAUUAUAAUCUUAUGCCGAUGAAAUCUAUUGUAUUAUGGAGGGAAGAUUUUUGUAGUUAAA